AUGACUCUGUUUGAAAGGAUUUCAUGGUAUCUUCAACUGUUUUUGCAGGCAACUGCUGAUCUUGUUGGUAAUGAGAAAAUGAAGGCUAGCACCAAUGUUAGGCAUAUUAUCCUUCCUUGUAAUAGUACUGCCAGGGCUCAAGUUAUCCCUGAUAUUAUUCGCUGUUAUAGCAGUGGUGGCCGGACAAUUAUAUUUGUAGAGAAAAAGGAGUCUGCUUCCGAGUUUGCUGGAUUGUUGCCUGGAGCAAGAGCUCUCCAUGGUGACAUUCAGCAGUCACAGCGUGAGAUUACAUUGAAAGGUUUUAGGUCUGGUAAAUUCUUGACAUUGGUGGCCACCAAUGUGGCAGCCAGGGGUCUUGACAUCAAUGAUGUUCAGUUGAUUAUCCAGUGUGAGCCUCCCCGGGAUGUAGAAGCAUAUAUUCAUCGGUCUGGACGUACAGGAAGAGCUGGCAACACUGGAGUUGCUGUGAUGCUUUAUGAUCCAAGAAGGUCAAAUAUAUCUAAAAUCGAAAGAGAAACAGGUAUUAAAUUUGAACACGUAUCUGCUCCUCAGCCUGAUGAAAUUGCCAAAGCUAUUGGCGGGGAAGCGGCUGAAUUGAUUUUUGAUGUGUCUGAUAGUGUGAUUCCUUCAUUCAAAGCUGCUGCUGAGGAACUAUUGAACAACUCUGGUUUAAUAGUUGUUGAGUUACUUGCAAAAGCUCUUGCCAAGGCUGAGGAUAAGGUUGACGGGGUGCGAGGUCUUGCUCUAACUGCAGAUGGACAGGGUGCUGUUUUUUGUGUACCAGUCAAGGACUUGGAUGCAUUUCUUGCCGGUCAGAAGAAUGCUGUCAAUGUAAGCCUAAAGGUUGCAACAGAAUUGCCUAGUUUACAACAAAGACAAGUUGCAUAUGAGGUUAACAUGAGAUAA